AUGAGUACUAAGAAGUUAUUGAAUAUUACCGUCAAAAAUUGUGUUCAAAAACGAAGCCCAACAACGACAAGUAAACGCUCAGGGUCAGACAUCAGUACAACAAUUAAAAUACGUACACGUGAGAGAAGUAAACGAAAUAAUAAAUGUACCGUCAUCUCUGAGGACGAGAAAAAUAACGAAGAUUUUACUGUGAUAUGGCUUGAAAAACAUACUACUGAUGAUUACUCAAAUCGAAAAGCCGAUAUUCGACACUUAAUUAAUUAUAUAAAAACGUUUACAAAUAUUGAUCAAUGUAAGGAAUAUUUGUCGAAUAAUAGGAAUCAAAAAGUAUUAUUUGUUGUUACAGGCGUAUUAGGUGAAACAACGAUACCACUUGUUCACGAGCAGUCAAAUAUAAUGUGUAUUUAUGUCUAUUGUGAAAAUAUGCUUAAACAUCAAGACUGGGCAAAAAAUUUUAAAAAGAUACGUGGUGUCUUCGACAGUAAGCAAUUGUUGAUUGAUGCUUUAACACGAGAUGUAACAUUUCUCAUUAACCAAUUAACACCAGUUAGUGUGUUUAGUAUGAAUAGUAUAAAAGAAAAGUCACUUGAAAACAUCAAUAAACAGGAAGCUAAAUUUAUGUGGUUUCAGUUGCUAAUUGAAAUUCUAUUUCGUAUGUCGAAGCAAGAUGAUACAACGGCUCGAUCAGAUAUGAUUGAAGAAUGUUUAAAAUAG